AUGAGUGAAGGCUACGACGACUGGGGGAAUCCGACUUCGCGGCCUCGCCAUGAAAUGCCCCGUGAAAAAGGAGUUGUGGGCGCGCUGAAGUUCUAUACCACUCGGACAUUUCGCCAGUAUCGGACCCUGCUCUCGACUAUUCUGUUCACCAUAUGCCUCCUGUACUACUUCACUCUCCGCACUCCUGCGUCGCCACCUCCCAAGCCCGUGGACUGGUCUAAAUUCGCAUAUGUCCAAUAUGUGACCGACAACCACAACUUAUGCAAUGCAUACAUGAUCUUCGAUGCCCUCGAGCGCUAUGGCAGCAAAGCAGAUCGCGUGCUGCUCUACCCACAGCAGUGGGACACCAUAGACGAUUCGGCACAAGACCGCAACAGCCAACUCCUCAUUCGGGCACAAAAAGUCUACAAAGUCAAGUUGAAGCCCGUCGCAGUCCUCGAUGUCGAUGGCGAAGCAGCCCCUGGCACGUUGAAUGCACCAUCGAGUUGGGACUCGUCCAUCACCAAACUCCGCGCCUUUGACCUCUUCGAGUACGACCGCGUCCUGCACAUUGACAGCGACAGCACUCUGCAGCAGCACAUGGACGAAUUAUUCCUGCUUCCCAGCACGCCCAUUGCCAUGCCUCGCGCGUACUGGUCCGAAGGCAGACCGAACGAGUGGCCAUUGACGAGCCUAAUGAUGCUCAUCGAGCCCAACCCCUUUGAAUUCAAAAACUUCAUCGACAUUCUCAUGUCAUGGAAAAUGAAGCCCGGUUUCCAAACCGGCAGAAACUACGACAUGGAUUUACUCAACCACCGCUUCGGAGCCAGCGCCAUGGUCUUACCGCAUCGUCCCUACGCCAUGCUGUCCGCCGAAUUCCGCAACCACGAUCACGCCGCCUACCUCGGCACCAUCAACGGUCCCCGAGACUUGUACCCUUCCAAAUAUGGCUGGGAUGCCGAUCGCGCGCUCAAGGAAGCCAAGCUCGUCCAUUUCAGCGACUGGCCAUUACCCAAACCAUGGAUCAUGUGGCCGCACGAAGGCGUGGGCGAAAUGCAACCGGAUUGCGGCGGGAAGAAGGAAGGUUCGUGUCGAGAGCGUGAGAUUUGGAAGGAUCUGUACAAUGACUUUCGCAAACGUCGCAAGGACUUGUGUCGAAUUUUGAGCGUGCCUGCUCCGAAAUGGGCAGACUUGAAGAAUGCGACACGACCGAAAUCGUGGGCCGAGAUGGCGCUGGGUACGUCGUCGCCUGACGUAUAAAUAACAAGGAAGAGUGAUGAGUACAGCAGGAGGAGACUCUGCAUGUGAAAAUACAUCCAUCAUACAGCUG